AUGGUUGUAGACUCGGGAUCCCCAGCAAACAUCAUCAGAGAGGAGACGUAUGCAAAAUUGAAGAAACUGGGAGCAAAAAUCAUUAAUGAACGCGAUGCAGAUCAAAUGGAGACUCAAUACGAAUCGUUUGCUUCGAAAGACAAAAUAUUGUUUACGAAGGCGUUCGAGGUUGAAAUCAGUGUACCGGGUGAUGAUAGCGGAUGUUGGACACAUAUGCUGGUAGCACCCCAUGGACAAACUGAUCUUCUCAGUAAAUCGACAGCUUUUGCACUCCGUGUAUUAAAAAUUGGAUACAACGUUAACAAUGUCGUCCAGAAAAACUAUUUGGAGGAUGGACACGUUAAGGAAUUCCCAAAGGUACCGGACAUGUUGGUGAGAAUACAGAUUGAUGAAACAGUUAGAUCAGUGAUUCAACCGGUUCGUAGACUUCCAAUUGCGAUGGAAGCAGAUGUAGAGAAGGUUAUUCAGGAUCUGCUAGAGAAGAAGAUAAUUGAAAUUGCAGAUGGCCCACUUUCAUGGGUAUCACCAUUAGUACCCAUACGAAAAAGCGACGUUCAGAUCAGGCUGUGUGUCGAGGGGUGCGCCACUCCCACGAUGAGCCCUAGAUGA